GAGGAAGGGGAGGCCUCCACGCGUCCCAUUCAUUAUUACUUCAAACUGCUCUUUGUUCUUUCUUGUUUUGGAGCUUUUCUUUGCCGCCCACUCCUCCAAAAAGCUUGGAAACUGUUUUUCUUUCUUUUCUUUAUUUUUGCCCCUGAAAUGAAAUCUUGGGUUUGGAAUGAUAAAAAAAAAUCCCGGGAAUGCUAUGCUUUCCUCCCACGAAAGCCCAAGAAACUGUCCCAACAGAAAUGGUCUCGUUUUUUUAAUUUUUUUUGCUGUUUUCAUUUUGCAGAUAUGAACUGAUACAUGCAUUGAAACAGGAGAUUCAAAUAUGGAAACUCACUGCAUUUCGUUUCUUUAUUCUGCUAGUCGUUUGAAACUAUGAUUGAAAUUUGUCAUUUGGGAUUGUAUUUUAUUUUACUUUGUUAUACUCAUUUUUGCUUCCUUAGGAAAGAUGUGAUUUUAUGGGCAAAGAAAACAACUGAUUCUUGAAAUGGAGUGGGAUUGUGAAAUCCUGGUAACGCUCAGCUCUAAACACAAUGGCAGCAGCAUUGACAGUUCUUCCAGUGGUGUUUAUGCUUUCCCGCGAGAAAGCUCAACCAAGAAGGCCGAGAAAGUGGAACGUUCUAGAAAGGGCGAGAAGGGCGAGGAGAAAUACGUCAAAUCAUCUCAUCCUGUUGGAUCUGUAGAACCAUUAAUAGGGUUGAGGCUUGGGAGGAGAACAUAUUUCGAGAACAACAAUGUUUCAUCUUCCAUCAUCGUCCCUGUCUUUCCUAAGAGGGCAAAACUGUCUUCUGCUCUUUCUCCGCAAAUCCUGCGCUGUCAGGUUGACGGCUGCAAUCUUGAUCUUUCUUCUGCUAAAAGUUAUCACCAGAAGCAUAGAGUUUGUGAUAAUCAUUCCAAAUGCCCCAAGGUGUUUGUAGGCGGAGCUGAGCUUCGGUUUUGCCAACAGUGUAGCAGGUUCCAUGGCUUAUCUGAGUUUGACGAAAUGAACCGCAGCUGCCGCCGGAGACUUUACCAUCACAAUGCCAGACGGCGUAAUCCACGUCAGCAGUUUAAUUCCACCCAGCCAUCUUCUUCCUUUUAUGAUGAGAGGCAACAAAUGAAUACUGUGGUCAACAAAGGUCAACUUGUCCUCUCAAAAACUGCUGUGAACUCAAACUGGGAUAGUUAUAGCUCUAAGUAUACCGUCAGUGAUGAAUCAACUUUGGAGCCUGAAAAAAGUAACAGCAUUGUCUCAUAUGUGCCAAGUGCAACUGGCGGCCAUGCAUGGAGUUGGCCAUUCUCAUCUGAUGGAACCAAAGCUGAGUUCUUCAAUCAAGGAAGCAAGGGAUACUCUAUCUUCUCUUCAAACGACGGCACAAUACCUGAGCUUUUGUGCUCUCUCUCUCUCUUCUGUCAGCUCCUAAAUUCAUUUGAAGUGGUAGCAAUGUGAAUUCAGACCAGAGCAGGUAUCCUGAGGCAAUGCUGCAGGAGAUCAUCCCUCAUCAGCUCAUAAUGCCUCUUGCCUCAUCAGAGUACUAUUGGCAGUGGCAGCAGCAGCCUUCAAACAAUCUCCAUGCCCAGCAUAUCCUUGCUCCCAACUCUACCAUCAACACUGGUCUCUUUUCAGAAACUCAGCUCUUCAAAGCUCCUUGUGACACAGACUUUUACUUCACUGCUUUCAAAUGAGAUCAUAAA